AACUGGUAUUGCAUUGCUGUAUGACGAAGUAUCUGAAAAUGCCUAUGACAUCCGACUGAAGCUUACAAAAGAGGUAUUAACAAUUCAAAAACAAGAUGUCGUCUGUGUUAGUGGAAGUGAUCACAUUGCAAAUCACAGAACUGUUACACUUCGUAGACAACCAGUUGGUGGCUUGGGCUUAAGCAUAAAGGGUGGUGCUGAGCACAAAGUGCCUGUCGUCAUAUCAAAAAUAUUUAAAGACCAAGCAGCUGACCAAACAGGAAUGUUAUUUAUAGGAGAUGCAAUAAUACAGGUUAAUGGUAUUAAUGUAGAAAAUGCUACCCAUGAAGAAGUGGUAUAUAGGAUUUCCCUGAAGUGGAACUUAAUGCUACAGGUACACCUACUGCGAAAUGCUGGCGAUGAAGUUACCAUCACCGUUCAGUACCUCAGGGAAGCUCCAUCAUUUUUAAAGCUCCCAUUAGGUUCUCCUGGACCAUCUAGCGAUCACAGCAGUGGAGCUUCAUCACCUCUCUUUGACAGUGGCUUACAUUUAAAUGGAAACUCAGCUAACACGGCUCCAUCAUCACCUUCUUCACCCAUAGCUAACGAACCAAAAUAUGAGAAGCGCUGGCUAGACACCUUAUCAGUUCCUCUGUCAAUGUCUCGAAUCUCAAGGUACAAAGCUGGAACAGAUAAAUUAAGAUCUAAUGCAUUUGAAGUGCUGGCACUCGAUGGAGUUAGUACUGGGAUACUUCAGUUUUAUACAGCCCAGGAGAGUGCUGACUGGCUGAGAGCAAUAUCAACUAACAUCAGUGAUUUGACACUUCAAAAUAUGAAAAUGGCAAAUAAAUGCUGUUCUGCCUCAGACCAGGUCAUACAUAUGGGAUGGGUAAAUGAGAGAUUCGAAGGAACUGAUUCAUCUCAGCUCUACAAAUUCAAGUUUCUGGCACUGAAGGGUUCAUCCUUCUACAUUUUCAGCACUCCACCGGUAAGCACACUAGACUGGGUACGAGCUGAAAAAAUCUAUAACCUCUGUGAGGUUCUAUUUAAAAUUCACAAGAUGAAGAAUCACAUACUGAAACAUGUCUUUCAGCUCUGGCUUGCUGAUGAUUGCUGGCUACAAGCAAACUUGUAUUUAGGUAUUCAUCAAGACUAUGAUCUUGAAGACCAGAGGCCAUAUUGUUUCAGUGUCAUGGUUGGACAUGGCAAGAGUCAUUAUUUCAAUGUAGAGUUUGGCAGUGAGUUGGCAGUGUGGGAGAAAUCAUUUCAAAGAGCAAUCUUCUUGGAAGUUCAAAGAACAGGGUCUAAAACAUAUGUGUGCAGUUGGCAAGGGGAUACCCUGUGUUUCACAGUUGACUUUGCUCUUGGAUUUACCUGUUUUGACAGUAAAACAAAGAAUGUGCUGUGGAAGUUUAAAUUCUCUCAGCUCAAAGGAUCUUCAGAUGAUGGGAAAACAAGAGUAAAGCUGCUUUUUCAGAAUCUAGACACCAAACAAAUUGAGACAAAGGAACUUGAAUUUCAGGAUCUGACUGCAGUUUUACACUGUAUUCACUCCUUUAUAGCAGCAAAAGUGGCAUCUGUGGAUCCAGUGUUUAUGGACAGCCAGAGUAUGGCAAGGAAAUAUAUGUACAGUAACUGAAAUCAGAUUAUUUGUUGUGAUUAUGGAAAAUAAAUUAUUUUCUUAAAGCAAAUAGCUAUUUCAUGCACAAUAUUGCAACUCUGUGAUUUUAUAAGAAGCCUAUAGUUGUAUUAGCCGUAAUAUUUAUGCUUUUCACACUGUUCACGGAUGUUGAAUCUGAUGAGUUAACAGACAUUAAGCCACAUUGAAUCAUUUUGUUGUCUUUGACAUUAAUCUAAAACUCAGAGCAAAUAUUAAUUCAAUAAUAUUUCUGGUGUCAUUUUGAUUUCUGUUCUCGUGUUCAUAUAUACCCCAUAUACGACAAAGAAACGUGAACCAACAUUUGCAAAGUACGUAUCCAAAAUUUGGAAUUUUAAUUCAUUUUGAAAAGUUCAGGGCACACAGACAAUUUCUACAACAUAUUGUGGAAAGGAGCAAAUUUUUGACAAAAAUUGCAAUGGGAAUUGGAUUUCUAUCUUGCUUUAAUAUAUUUGAAAAAAUAAUUCAUCCAGCCAGUUAUUUUAAGGCCUGAGAGCUAGCUCUGGCAAAGCACUAAGUACUCCGUUUCUAAUUGUGGAAAGGACUUAAGCACGCACUUGACUGUAACCAUAUGAAGUAAUCCCAGAGCAUGCACAAGACAAUGUUAAUUGUAUAUUAAAAUAUCUUGUUAGAUCAGCUGAAGAGCUUUGGGGCAUGCGUAGGAUCACACCCUAAGGAGCCUAACUGUAGACAUCCUCUUUUAGAGAGCUUGCCAUAAGGUUUUCUUUUUAUUGAUAAAACUUUCAUGAAUAAUUCAUGUAUUCAUUCAUAGACUGAACUGACAGUAUCCUGUUACAACCCCAUGCGUGACUGUGAACAGCUUCUUUAAUAACUAACUGCUUUGUUUAGAGGUAGGUGCUCUAGGCGUAGGGUAAACAUAACCAGACAUAAGGAUUUUACUGGCCCAUCCCUUUACCCUUUUUUUCUACACCAAUAUGCUUAUACACAAGCUAUUUCCCUUACUAGGGAAAUAAUAUGGCUCUUUUUUGACAUAGUCCUAACCUCCCUUCUGAAGUCACUUGCUUACAUGCACAGAUAAUGAUUCCUGCUAUUGAAAAGCUAUAAAAGGAAGACAUUUUAACUUUGACAAAUAGUCCUUUAUCAUCCCCCUAAUAUCAAGUAUUCCAGAAUUCUGUAAUUAAAAUUACAGUUGUUCUCUAGUGCAAUUUUGAGGCAACAUCAGGUGAUAUUUAUUGAUUAAAAAAAAACCACACACACAAACCAAAAAACAAGGCAAGACCUGUAUAUGGAUCCUGUUCAUCAAAGUUCUCUCCAAGUUUUAGGAAUCUAGCAAAUCGUACUAAAGCAAAAGCCUAAAUUCACUAUUUAAUAGGGAAAGGAGGUAGGUGCCUUUAAAAGCCCUCAGGUGAGGCUUCUGUUCCCAUAACUUAGGUGCUUACAGUUGGUCAGAGAUGAUCUACCUCUUGAGGUCUUAAGGCAGGUAGCUCUCUUGCCAGAUUGCAAUGGGGACUUAGGCACUUACUUUAAAAGGAUCCUUCUCUGUCUGCCUAAAACUUAGGCAGAAGUAAAGUGCCUAAACAGGAUGAUUUGAUCCUACCAUAAGGAUUGCCUAAUUCCAAGAGGUAUCCUUAGAGGAAUUAAUUUUAACCAUGGGAAAACUAUCUACAGUUCUAAUAUUGUUUGCAAGGAGAUACAGCAGGAGAGCUAAGUUCUCUCAAAACAAUAUUUAGCAAAG